AUGCCUUCCCGAAAAGCAAGAUCAGGCAAGCGGUGGUCGAUGUAUCCGUCUUUUCAUGAUGCAGUAUCGCAACUUCUAAAAGAAAAUGAUCUUUACUUUGGCUUCUAUGAAACCGAUGAUCCUCGAGGUUGCAUCCAGGAAUAUGACACAAAUAUCAUGGGCCGAUUUGUGUGUCGCAACUCUAACUGUGGCCAGAAGGGUUGGUCAAGUAAAAUGAUUGCUAUCACCAUUCGACUGUACUAUGAAGACAGAUACAACGCUAGAGUUUAUCACCAACGUUGUAUGACCUGCAACAAUCUCAGUCAACCGAUUCUGAAUGAGUCUUAUGCCGAAAGAGUUUCCUAUCGUAUCAAGAAGUGGAACGGGAUACAAAUGGAACGACCGUAUUAUUCAGGCACAAGCAAAGGUCCACAUAAUACAAAUCUUUGUGAGGGCUGCAAAGAUGGUCAUUGCAGUGCGCUAGGUUCGCAUCGGGUUAAGCCAACAAUCUAG